UUCUUUGUCCACAACCAGCACUACCUCCUCUCUUCUCAUCUUCUCUUUGCAUCUCAUAGGAGUCCCUUCUCACCACCAACAAUGGCCUUCCUUGAGUUUUGUAAGAAGGCUAAAAUCAUGGAGUCGGGAGGAGAAAUAGAGGGUAAGAAGGUAAAAGUAGAACAAGAAGAGUGCACCCUUGAUGGAACUGUGGAUCGACAUGGUCGCCCAGCAAUCCGUCACCGAACUGGAACAUGGGUUUCCGGAAUUCUGUUACUUGUGAAUCAAGGGCUGGCCACACUAGCAUUCUUUGGAGUUGGAGUGAACCUGGUUUUGUUCCUUACAAGAGUUAUAGGACAAGACAACGCCAGCGCUGCUAAUAAUGUUAGCAAAUGGACCGGAACCGUCUACAUCUUCUCUCUUGUUGGCGCAUUGCUCAGCGACUCCUAUUGGGGAAGAUACAAGACUUGUGCCAUUUUUCAGGUCAUCUUUGUAAUUGGCUUGGUAUUACUAUCACUAUCAUCAUACCUUUUCUUGUUGAAGCCUAGUGGCUGUGGGGAUGGACAAACUCCAUGUGGACCCCACUCACCGGUGCAUAUAUCCUUCUUUUACAUAUCUAUCUACUUGAUUGCCCUAGGAAAUGGAGGGUACCAACCUACCAUAGCCACAUUUGGGGCAGAUCAGUUUGAUGAAGAGGACAGCAAGGAAGGGCGCUGCAAGGUGGCCUUCUUCAGCUACUUCUACUUGGCUUUGAACCUUGGCUCCCUCUUCUCAAAUACCAUUUUGGGGUAUUUUGAGGAUGAAGGGAUGUGGGCCCUUGGCUUUUGGGCAUCUAGUGGAUCUGCCUUUGUGGCAUUGGUCCUAUUUCUUAUUGGGACCCCAAGGUACAGGCACUUCACACCAACUGGCAACCCUCUCUCUAGGUUCUGCCAAGUGGUCGUUGCAGCAUUUAAGAAAUGGAGGGUAGAGAUACCACCAGGGAAAGAGGAUCUAUACGAAGUGGAUGGUAAAGAUUGUGCCAUCAAGGGGGGUAGAAAGAUACUUCACACCCAUGAAUUCAUGUUCUUGGAUAGAGCAGCAUACAUAACUUCAAAGGACAUCUCCCUACAGAACCAGGGCCUUCACAGUCCAUGGAGACUCUGCACAAUAACACAAGUAGAAGAAGUAAAAUGCAUACUAAGACUUCUACCCAUUUGGCUAUGUACCAUAAUCUACUCAGUGGUCUUCACUCAAAUGGCCUCUCUUUUUGUGGAACAAGGAGCUGCCAUGAAAACUACCAUUGCAAACUUUCGUAUCCCUCCGGCAAGCAUGUCGAGUUUUGACAUACUCAGUGUAGCAGCUUUCAUUUUCAUUUACAGGCGAGUUGUCGAUCCCCUCGCCGGUAGAAUACGAAAGACAAAUGGUAAAGGACUUACUGAGCUUCAGAGGAUGGGAAUUGGACUCAUUAUAGCAAUAAUGGCAAUGGUCUCGGCCGGAAUAGUGGAGUGCUAUAGGCUAAAGUAUGCUAGGGGUGAGUGUGUGAAUUGUGAAGGCUCAAGUAGUUUAAGCAUCUUUUGGCAGGUACCUCAGUAUGCAUUGAUAGGAGCUUCUGAGGUGUUCAUGUAUGUGGGUCAAUUGGAGUUCUUCAAUGAUCAGACCCCAGAUGGAUUGAAGAGCUUUGGCAGUGCUCUUUGCAUGACUUCCAUUUCACUGGGGAACUAUGUGAGCAGCUUAAUUGUAUCCAUUGUCAUGAAGAUCUCUACCAAAGAUAAUAUGCCUGGAUGGAUCCCUGGAAAUCUUAAUAGGGGUCACCUAGACAGGUUUUACUUCCUCUUAGCAGUUUUGACAAUUGUUGAUCUUGUUCUAUAUGUGAUAUGUGCCCAAUGGUACAAGUCUAUCAAGUUGGGGGGAAAAUUUCAAGACAUGGACAAUGAAAAUGACGACGACGAUGAGAAUGACAAGUUGAGUGUCUAGUAGCUUCCAGUACUGUCUUCCAGCUUCUACAACAUGUUACACAAAUAAAAGAGGGAGGGGGUGGGGGAGUGGGGAUUGUGAUCACACUCACUUAAGAAUUGUAUUUUAGAACAGCUGCAGGGUGUAGUAUAAGAUAGGAAAUCCCUCCCAUUGCUUGCACUGGUCACUCUCUUUCACACCCUUCUCCUAUCCUAUACUGUCCUGCUGUCCCUGACCCAAAUUUGUAAUGUAAAGGUUAGAGCUGGGCUGAGUAAAGAGGGGUUUAAGAGGUGGAAGGUGUGUUCAAGGUCCAUAUUGCCACUGAUUUCAUUUGUUCAUUAUAUUCUAGGCACAGAAUGGACAUAAUGUUGUAUGGAACUUUGUAGUAAAGAUAGUUGGUAUUUUGGGUGUCUUUCUGUCCAUUUGAACUCUCA